UAAGAGGAUACCUGAAGAAAAAAUCUUAAAAAAUGAAGUUAAAUCGUUCAUUACACGUAAUGGGUCUUUAAAUUUAAUUAUAAAUGGUUGCUUCUGUAAUAUAAUAAUAAUAAUGCACUGUUGUAAAGUAUCGCUUCAUUGGUCAAUUCUGACUUUAAAAAAUAUUAUUGUCAUACAUCAAAAUAUGAAAAGUAUAUUGGAAAACAUUUAAACCUAUUUCAUUAUAUGAUAUUGUAUCAACGGCUGUUUUCAAUAUCAAUGUCCUAAAUCGUUAAAAUGGUUAUAUACACGAUUAUCUGAAAUUGAAAUAAUAUGUUUUCCAUGUGAGAAGUGUAAGUGUGCAUUCGAAAGAAAAUGAAAAGGUUGUAAGGUUAUAUAAAUAUUCUCACCUAUCGAAUGAGGUGAUAUCAUCUGAGAGCCUUUGACAUGGGCUCAUAAAACCUUAUAAGAGAAAAUUUAUUAAAAAAUUAAUUUAUAGCAUGAUCAGAAUUUUAAUAUCUAUGCUUUAACGUUAAAUAUCAUUUUGUUUUAGAUAAAUCUUUCAUUUUUUUAAAUAGGAGAACCUGUCUGUUCUCUUAAUGACCAAAGUAAAGUACCUUACGAUUGGGUACCAAAUCAACACCUGGAACCUCAGCCGGAUAUUUCAAUUGGUGAAAUUUUGAUGGAUAAUCCAUGUUCGUAUGAAUCAGUUAAAAGAGUUAUCAAAGAAAUACGAAAAACUAGCGGAGUGACAGAAGAUAACUUAAAAACAUGGUGUAUUAUGGGAUGCGACGGCCUUCCCUAUACGCUAGGAUCGAGACUAAUUGAAAAAAAUAAAGAUAUGCAAAAUAUCUUACUUAUUCCCGGACACGGGCACAUAGAGAUGAAUGUGGUAAAAGCUGCUUUUAAGUUACUGUGGGAGCCCAUUCUACAGGACUUAAGUAAGGAAUGUGGUUUCAAGUCACCAAGGGCACAAGUUGCGGCACAAUCGUGUACUGAUCACCACAAAUCAUACAUGCUUUUGGAAAUAAUGUUUGAAAGUGCUUUGCAGGAGAUCAUGACAACUUUUAUCAUAAAUAGUGUGCAGAAUUCAAUAACACCUAACAUAGCCACUUUUUUUGAUUAUAUAAAAUCUUCAAAAGACAAAAAUUAUAGAUUUAUGUGUGACGCAAUAAUAAACUUUAUUUUUCCAAUAUUUCUAUAUAGAGCCGGUGUUAGGAGAAACAAUUUCGGAUAUAUAUCUGCAGCUAAAGCUAAAUUUUUUAAACUAUUUUUUUCUGGCGGAAUGAAAAAUUAUCAGCAACUUAUUAUGAAAGAUAUUAAAACAUACAUCCUAGCACCUCCAGAAGUGAAGCAUUUCUUACAGAAAACCCAAUCUUUUACUGUCAGUGGACACCCUUCAAAAGGAGAAGGUGGAGAUUUCAUUCUUGAAGCGAUUAAUAAGAAAAUCCAAAGAUGGUUGCCCCCGGGGAUACCGCUUGAAAAACAUUGGCGACAGGUGUGUCGAACAGCACAUAUACUUGAUAAGAUUCGUGAAAAUACUUUACAACAGUGUACAAUAACCGAGGACAGAUCGUCAUAUGUUUAUAAAAGAGAUAUAUCAAAUGAAAUAGAGAAAUACCGGAUGAGACUGAGGAAAAUAGGAUAUCUUAACAACAAACAGACGUUAUCAAGCCGACAUACAUCUGUUAAUGGCGAAAUUUUGGACCACGAGCUUUAUUUGUUUGAAAAUCAAAUAAAUGUCAAUAUAGAAGCUUUCCUGAAUUGUCCUGAAAAUCCGCAAAUUACACCAGUUUUCACCACGGAGUUGCAGAGAACAACAUUUCAUUCCAUUGAACGUAAAACAAAGAAGCAGUUGAAUGACAUCAUCGAGAGAGAUCUCAAGGAAAUUGAAGAAAACGGCAACAUGGAAGACGCAUAUGUUUUUAAAAAUAAGUGGAUUAAAGUUAAAAGUCGGCCAAAACAAGAAAUGCUUCAAUUUUAUAAAGAAAUGGUUGCUUCUAUAGAAAGUUCAAAGGCAGAUUCAAAUUACAUUUCCGAUGGUAUAAAACUUUUGUUAUAA